AUGCAUUCAUCAGUGCCUUUACUUGAGUUUGAUAAACAAGGUGAUAUUCAUUUAAUUCAAUCAAAAUGUAAUAAGUCUCCUUUACAAUGUCAAUGUGUAUAUGCUCGUUAUAUAUUACAUCAAAUAAGUUUAAUAGUUAUUGUUUUGAUUUAUCUUAUAGUUGGUGGUCUAUUUUUUGCAUUUAUUGAAUCUAAAUAUUAUUUAAAAAAAGAUGAUGAACGAAAAGAAAUAAUUAGUGAAACAUAUGAACAUAUUCGUUCAUUAGCUCUUCAUUUAUUAAAUGAACAGUUAAAUGAAAAUUUUGAAAAUGCUUAUCAACAAUGGAGAUGGAACAAUGAAAAAUUAUCAAAUUAUAUUUAUUUAAAUAAUGAACGAGCUAAUAUACUGGAUAAUCAAACAGAAUUUGAAUUAGAAAAUUUAUCAUUACGUUUAGCUAUGCGACAAGUUGCUGAAGAGAAAUUUGUUUAUAAAUGGACAUAUUCAACAGCAAUACUAUAUGCAGCAACAUUAGUAACAACGAUUGGUUAUGGAAAUAUUUCACCUAAAACAACAUUAGGAAAAAUUUCUACAGUUAUUUAUGCUUUAAUUGGUAUUCUUUUAGUUGUUUCAUGGUUAAAAUUAGUCGGUGACUCAUUAGCAUUAUUAGUAACACAAUAUUAUCAAUAUUUCAAUCGAUGUUUUCGACGACAUUUCAAAAGAAAAAAAAUACCACUACAAGAAAAAAUAUAUUUAGAUGAAAAAGUACCUUUUUGGGUGCCAAUAACUCUUUUAAUUCUUUAUCUUCUUGCUGGUUCUAUUCUUUUUGCUACAUGGGAAGGAUGGUCAUAUAUUGAUAGUGCUUAUUUUUCAUUUAUAACAUUUACUACAAUUGGUUUUGGUGAUUUGGUACCAGGUGAAACUACAAUUACUCAUCGAAAUGGACGAUCACUUAUCUGUGCUAUAUAUUUAUUGUUUGGAGUUAUGCUCACAGCUUUGAGUUUUAAAUUAAUUCAAGAAGACAUUGAUCGAAUUAAAUCGUGUCUUUUCCAACGUCUCGUAAUUAGUAAAAGUGAUGCUGGUCCACCACCAAUACCUGGUAAAAGUAUAACAGCAAAACAAUUAGCUGCUGCGUUUACUUUUGUGCAUGAUCCAAAAGUACAAUCUGCUGCUUUAAAAAUAAGUUCUGCUUUUCACCACGAACAUGGUUGUGAAAAUGCUGUUCGAUUAUUUCAUACAAAUUUAGCAUUACGUAAAAUGCAUAGUGAUCUUGAAUCAUCAUUUAGUGCAUGUUUUCGAUUAAAAGAUUAUAAUUUACAAAUAUCACGUCCAGUUGCACAAGUACUUGUUGCUGCUGAAGCUAUUGAAGAAUCUCAAUUAACAUUACUUGCUACUCAUGAUUGGAAUAAAUCAAUGUAUGUUAAUCGUUUAGAAUCAUAUGCGAGUGGUUUUAGACGAGCAAUAACAAGAUUUGCAGAUUCAGUUCGUCCUUCAAGACGAUCAAGAAGUGAAAAUUAUAUAGAAAGAAAUAGUUCGUGUAGCACACCAAAUACUACUAAACAUAACCUUAUAAAUGUAGGACGUCCUUUCAAAGAUAAUUUACCAUUAUAUGGUGAUAUCAAAGAACAACCACCUCAAGAAGAAUAUGAUGAAAAUUCGAAAUUAGCAGAGAAAGUUAAACGAGGCGUUCACUAUGACCUUCCGCCGACUAUUGUUAAAAAAUCUUCUGUGCAUAAUCGUUCGCGUAGUACUGCUGACGCAAUUCCAUCUUCUACCAUUAAUCAUUUCCGUAAAAAUAAUUCUAAAUCACGAACAACUGAUAAUAUUUUACCUAAUUCACCUUAUCAAAACCAACGAACUCGAAAUAUACAUAGUGCCAAAACAAAUAAAAAAAAACAAGAUUUAGUUUUACCAAAACAAAAGCCUAUAUUACAAUUAAAAGAUAAAAAUAAUAGUACAUCAACAGAACAAAAAGCUGCGGAUAUAUCCGGUUUAUCAAUUGAUAUAUGCAAAAAAAUUUUAGCUGACUUUAAACAAAUACAAUCUGCUCGACGUCGUUCCAUUGAUAAAUCAAAACAUCAAAUGGGAAUUUCAAUUCUACCUAAUUCACAUCGACGACGUAGUCAAUCAUCAAUAGUUCAUUAA